GGUAUGUCAAAUUCGUUGAUUCAUACCGACGACAAUACCGAACAAGAUAGGAAGUUAGCAGCAGCAGAGAAAAAGAAUCUGGGUAACAUAGCUUUUAAAGAACAAAGGUUAGAUGAGGCAUUAACGCUUUAUGAUGAAGCUAUAGCCAUGGAUCCUACACAGAUGUCAUUUUAUAACAAUAAAGGAGCUGUUUAUAUUCAUAAGAAGAAAUUCUUGUUGGCUAAAAAUGUUUGUUCUAAUGCUCUAACGAUUGGUCAAAAGUAUGGUGGAAGCAGUGCUGACAAGGCUAGAUCAUUGGCUCGAAUCGGAAAAGCGUGUCUACAAAUGGGAGACAUCUACAAUGCAACAUGGAAGUAUGACGAAGCUCUCACAACAUUGGAGACCGAUUAUGAGGCUGUGAUGGUUGAUAAAGUAACACCCCAACCGGUUCCCUCCACUAAAAACGUUGAUGAGAUUCAGAAACAAGCAGCCGUCAAGAAGAAAGAGCUGGGCAACAAAGCCUAUCAGAAGGGGCAAUACGACGAGGCUUUAGUUUUGUAUAAUGAGGCGAUAGAACUGGAUCAUACACAAAUAUCUUUCUACAACAAUAAAGGAGCUGUGUACAUACAAAGAAAAGAUUUCUCAUCGGCAAAAAAUGUUUGCCUUGAGGCUGUUAGAAUUGGAGAUCAAUAUUUUGCAUGUGCCAAGGAAAAAAUGAGAGCCCUUUCUCGAAUUGGUAAAGCUGAACGAGAGUUAGGAAGUAUUUACAAUUCUAUGUGGAAUUACGAAAAAGCUCUUUCGACGUACUCGGAUAAAGUACUCGCCAACGAAUUAGAUAAGGUUUAUUCUGAAGUCAAAGAAGCUCUUCUUCGAACAGACGAUUUAUCAAAAGAAAAGAUUGCUGCUACUGGUGAAAUGAUCUCAAGAGUUUAUAUCGACCGCAAGAUGACAUACACUACUAAAUAUGAGAAUCCGGUCAUGCUCCCCCAAGCACCUCAACAGACAUUUGUUGAUGCCUUUACUGAAGAAGACACUUCGGGGAAAAGUUUGAAGCACAAGGACCAACAGGUCCAAUACACAGCUGAAGUUGACCUAUACAACACACUUGAGAACUUAAUUAGUAAACGAAAGAUAAUUGUCCUUCAUAAUUUCAAAUUUACAAAAGAGCAAGCUGAGUUGUAUGCUAGCUCAGGAGGCACGUCUGGAGAGCAUGAUUUUGUGGUCAUUGUCAGAGGUUAUGCUGUUAUUUUAUUUGAAGUUAAAUCUCCCAUGAAGAUCAAUAAGAAGGUCUUUAAACGAAAUCUAGACGAUUCUCGAAAACAACUCGAGAGAGUUCAAACACUUGUCCACAAUAUCUGCAGUAGCUGGGGAGUAUCUUUGGGAAAGGAGAAUGUUUUCAAAUACACUGUUUUUCCAAGAAUAAGCAAAGUAGAUGUAGCCGAAUUUCUUCCGGAAAAUGCAAUUAACAAUAUUAUAUUUCAAGAGAAUAUACAGAACUUUAGUCGAUGGUGGUUAAACAACAUUAUGUAUCAGUUGGUUGACCGGUCCAUGGCUAGUCAAAAUAAAACAAGAGAAAUGCAGAUCAUUGAAGCUUCUUUAGUUGGGAUUUGGUGUAUCGACCAAAAUAACAAGUGUGUUAUUGAUAUCUGCAGUUUGGGAUACUGUAUCAAUCAAAUUGAUAAGGCUUUAAAAUCUGCUGACAUUUCACAAAAUAUCAAAAAUCCAGUUACCAAGAGUGUAAAGGUUAGCCCAGACAUCUUUAAGAACUAUCUUGGCAUCAAUUGUCUCACUGAUGAACAAAAGGAGAUUUUCCAUGAUGAUGUGACGAGUCAAUUUAUAACAGGAGCUGCUGGAACAGGAAAAACUCUUCUGUUAUUCGGAAAAGCCAUACAACUCUUUCUGAAACCAUCUAAUGACGAGCAGGCAAAAAAGAAAAUGCUGUUCAUAACGGGAACUAUGGAUUUAGCACAUAUUGAGGAUCUGUUCCAGAAAGUUGGAAUGAAAUGUAUAACAUCGCACAAAGUAAAUGGUGGACACACAUCAAGAUUUGGUAAGCUGUUCUUGGUGAAGAAUGAAUCAUUUUUUCAUGCCCUCUUCGAUUCUGAUGCAAUUUUUGACAUUUUCAUUUUGCAUCAAACAGCUUUGAAGGAUGAGAGUUUAUGGCCGAAAUGUUUUCACCAGAGCUUAACUAAAAAUGAUAUCCUCACAAAUUUAGCUCAAUAUUUGAAUUACCACACAUUUGUUGAUGAUAUUCAUAACUACUGGGACAAAUUUCUGGUUACAUAUAUCAAUAGCAGUUAUGAAUUAGGCUACAGCAACACUUUUGCUCUGAAAUUGGUUUCCAACCUAAGAUCCGAUAUGAAAAAUAGAAUUGAGGGGCAAAAGAGCUCAGCUUACUUUUGGAUCGCAUUUGACAUGAAUCAGAUGGCUUUCUCGAUAGAUGAAAGCCACGGCGGUUCCGUGACAAUAUUCAUACAGAAGCUUAGAUUAUUGCUCCGCUACAACAGAGAUCUUGAUGUUGCCUUAAAGAAAGAGCUUGGGCAGAACCAGGGCAUAUUUCGAUGUAUUUCUAGAAAUAUCAGAAAUUCUGUCAGCAUAAGUUGCAGCAUUGAAAAUGCUCGAAUGCAUUAUUCCAAUACUAUAACCAACUUUCAGUUGCCUGGAAAAGAAUUUAGUAAAUAUGCAAAGAAAUACAAGGUGUUUAAAAACCCAGGGCAUCACAUUCAAGGGCCAAAACCACGAUUUAUUUUGGUUGGAAACUCAAAAGAACAGGAAAAGAUUGUGCAUAGGGUGAUUCGUGAUGAGCUGAAUAAAUUACUUGAAUUAGGUGAUAACCUUUGUCCAAACGAUGUUGCGAUAAUAAUGGAUUCGUGCACUCCGACAGUAAUGAUAAAUGCCAUGGAGAGAUUUGAAAUGCCAACACAUGCGAUGAUGAAUUUUAGUGAAAAAUUGUUCAAUGAAGUUACAAUAAGGAGGGUCAGUGAUCGAGAUUCUGUGCAAGCAUCUGAAUGGAAGGCGGUUAUUCUUGUCGCUGAAUUACAUGAAUUUUUAGGGCCAAACCAUGCCCUUUAUAAUAAUCUUCGAUCUGCAGUUGAUGGGGAUGCAACUCUUUUAGAAUCAAUUUUGACCCUUUAUACCUCUACCUUGUACAUACCUCUAAGCAGAGCUAGGGUCUAUCUUAUUGUGAUAGGAAAACUAGGUGGUUUCGAGCGGUCAGUUCUGGCAAAUGAAGUAGAUCUUUUGGUGGAGUAUAAUAAGAAAGGAAACCAUCCAGAGUUUCUUAAAUAUUAUCGGAAAGGCAUGUCGGCAAGGGAAAAAGAAAUGGGUUCAAUGUCUAAGGAUAAACGUAUGAUGUUCAUAAAUGAAGAAUACGAGUACUUAAAAAGGAGUGACUUUGUCUAUCGCGAGGUAGACAUGGAUAGAACCCUGGAGACCAAACCAAAGUCCGGUGGUAUUUGGUUCAACCCGAUGAGUCGUUGAGUUGGGGGUCAGCCAUGUUAGACAACAUGGUUCGUGCAGGGUGGCCCAAAUUUACUGGGUCAUUAAGUGGCUGAUUUUACAGUGAGGAGCUUACGAUUUGUGUCACGUGAUGAUCCUGACUUAUUGUUAAUUCUGGGUCAUGUACUCAUUGUCAACAAGUAAUCACCUUUUUAUAGAAAUUUGUGAACAUUUUGUUAAGUUCCUUGAAUGUGUAACUACAAAUUUAUUAAACUGAUUUUUAUCUUUUAAUUAUUAGUUAUGUUUAACCCAAAAUAAUUAAUAAUAAGUCAACUAUUUUAUGGUUAAUUUUUCUAUGAUAGUGCAAUUUCAUAAACCGUAUAAUUUAUCAAUUCUCCUAUAUUGAUAUGCUAAUAUUAAUAACAAAACUUUAAAUAUUUCACUAAUAUUCUUA